UCCCCAAACACACACACGUUCACGUCUGCGCGCACCAUACAUACAACCCAACCCUCACGCAGUCCGCAUGCGCGUGGACCACACUGGCACACGCACACACCAGUGCCGAUGGGGGCUCCGGGCCGCACAAACGCCACCCCCACGCUGACCCACGGCCGCGCCCUCGACACCCGCUCGCCCGGGGCCGCAGAGCGCAACGGCGACGCAGCGCGACGCUCCGGCCGCGGGCAGCAGCCCCGACCCGGCCUCCUCCUCCACCCCCGCCUCCUCCUCCUCCGGGCGGUGAUCUCAUUUCUCUGAUUUAUCGAUCCGACUCCGGGCGGCCUCGCCCCGCCUUCCCCACCUGCCCGCGCGCCCCGGCCCCUCCUUUGUUUCCCGGCAGCGGUUCCAGCCGGGGCGGCGCGGGAGGGGGAGGGGUGGCUGAGCCCGCAGCCGGAGCCCGGGUCCCGGGCCCACCGCGCAUCCCGUCCCCGGUGCAGAAGGAAUAGUCCCCCCUGGGUGGAGGACGGAGGGGCCGCGGGCCUGGGAGCCUGAGGCCCAAGAGCUCAGCCGGGUUGAUGCCCAAUAGGGCUCCCCAGAAACGGAGGAGCCCGCGCCCCUGGCUUCCAGCCUGGGAAACUGAGGCCCAAGGCAAGGCAGCAGAGGAGGGACUCGGCUUCGCCCUGAGUCCCCGCUCCCAGGCAGCUCAGCCUGGCACUCCUGGGUCCGCAUCUCCGCUGUGUGCUCUCGGGCACGCCCCUCCCCAUCUCUGAGUCUCAGUUUCCCCAUAAGGAAUUAAAGCAGGGCGUGGUUUCAAGUACAGCGGGCUGGAACUGCGGGUAGGGAGGGGGUUGACCUUAGGGUCUAGGCAUCUCUCCUUCCCAGACCACGUCUUCGCCCACGUCUAGGCCUCGGUUUCCCCAUCAAUCAAAAAGGGAAGAAGGGAGCUGAUUUCUGAGUCUCUCCUACCCCUGUUCUUCUAGGAACUUGGGCGACGGCUGGGGGCCGAAUAGGGGGGUCCCCGCCCACGAUCUGGGUUGGAAACAUCGCUCCCUCCCUGGCUGCCGGAUUCGAGUCAGCGCGCGUGCCCUCGGCGGGCCUCAGUUUCCCCGGCCGCCCCGCCAGGCGCCAGGACGCCGAGGGCCGGGGUCCCAGGGGCGCAGCCCCCCGCGGCUGCGCGCUGGGCCAGGCGGAUGACAUCACCGGGCCGGGGGCGGGGAGGCGGCGGGAAGGAGCGGGAGGGCCUCCUCCGCGCCAGGCGCAGCGCCCGGGCGGGCUCGGUCGGGCGGCCGCGGCCAUGACGCAGGGUCCGGGCGGGCGCGCGCCCCCCGAGCCCCCCGCGGCCCCCGAGCCCGAGGCGCCCACCACCUUCUGCGCGCUGCUGCCGCGCAUGCCGCAGUGGAAGUUCGCGGCCCCCGCCGGCUUCCUGGGCCGCGGCCCGGCGGCGGCGCGGGCGGCGGGGGGCGCGGGGGCCGCCGACCCCCAGCCCGAGCCGGCCGGCCCCGCGAGCGUCCCGGCGCUGGCGGCCGCGGUCCUGGGCGCCUGCGAGCCGCGCUGCGCCGCGCCCUGCCCGCUGCCUGCGCUCAGCCGCUGCCGGGCCCCGGGGUCGCGCGGGCCGAGGGGCGCGCGGGCGGCGGCCGGGCCCCCAGACGCCGCCGCCGACGAGUGGAUCCGCAAAGGCAGCUUCAUCCACAAGCCGGCGCACGGCUGGCUGCACCCAGACGCCAGGGUCCUGGGCCCCGGGGUCUCCUACAUCGUGCGGUACAUGGGCUGCAUUGAAGUCCUCCGCUCCAUGCGCUCCCUGGAUUUCAACACUCGCACCCAGGUCACCAGGGAAGCCAUCAACCGGCUCCACGAGGUGGUGCCCGGCGUCCGGGGCUCCUGGAAGAAGAAGGCCCCCAACAAGGCGCUGGCCUCCAUCCUGGGCAAGAGCAACCUGCGCUUCGCCGGCAUGAGCAUCGCCGUCAGCAUCUCCAUCGACGGCCUCAACCUCUCGGUGCCCGCCACGCGCCAGAUCAUCGCCAACCACCACAUGCAGUCCAUCUCCUUCGCGUCGGGUGGUGACACGGACAUGACAGAUUAUGUGGCCUACGUCGCCAAGGACCCUAUCAACCAGAGAGCCUGCCACAUCCUGGAGUGCUGCGAGGGGCUUGCCCAGAGCGUCAUCAGCACCGUGGGCCAGGCCUUCGAGCUGCGCUUCAAGCAGUACCUGCACAGCCCGCCCACGGCGGUCGUCCCCCCGGAAAGGCUGACGGGGCCCGAGGAGUCGGCCUGGGGGGACGAGGAGGAGGCGGAGCACAAUUAUUACAACAGCAUCCCGGGGAAGGAGCCGCCCCUGGGCGGGCUGGUGGACUCCAGGCUCGCCCUCACGCAGCCCUGCGCCCUCGGGGCCCCGGGCCAGGGAGCAGCGCCUGCUCGAAGAGACGCCCGUGGCCUCCCGUGGGACCUGGGCCCCUCAGCCCCACCCGGGGACGGCUACGUGCAAGCAGACGCCCGGGGCCCCCGAGACUACGAGGACCACCUCUACGUCAACACGCAGGGUCUGGAUGCCCCGGAGCCCCUGCAGCCGGAGGACAGCCCCAAGAAGGACCUGUUCGACAUGCGACCCUUCGAGGACGCCCUGAAGCUGCACGAGUGCUCUGUGGCCGCAGCCCCCCUCCCCUUGGAGGACCAGUGGCCCAGCCCCCCGACCCGCCGGGCCCCCAUCGCCCCCACGGAGGAGCAGCUGCGGCAGGAGCCCUGGUACCACGGCCAGAUGAGCCGGCGGGCGGCCGAGAAGCUGCUUCGAGCCGACGGCGACUUCCUCGUGCGCGACAGCGUCACCAACCCCGGGCAGUACGUCCUCACGGGCAUGCACGCGGGGCAGCCCAAGCACCUGCUGCUCGUGGACCCCGAGGGCGUGGUGCGGACGAAGGAUGUCUUGUUCGAGAGCAUCAGCCACCUGAUCGACUACCACCUGCAGAACGGGCAGCCCAUCGUGGCCGCCGAGAGCGAGCUGCACCUGCGCGGAGUGGUCAAGCGGGAGCCCUGAGCAGGUGACAGUUCUCAGCUUGGCUCCUGUCCCUGCUCCCCAGACGCCCCUGUGGCCUUAUGGGCUCCUCAGCCUUCUCUGGACCCUGGUCAUGCUGGAACCGCCGCUGUCUCUCCUUCCUCCACGUGGGCCUCUGGAAUCUUCCAUCUCCAGCGGCCCUGGCUGGGCUGGGUCAACCAGGCCAGGAGAUGGGGCCAGGAACCCUUUCUCCCACGCCCCUGCCUCCGCCCUCCCCCUGGAGUGAGGGUGUGCCACACCAAAGACAGGACCUCUUCUCGCCUUUAAAGAAAACGUGCCGGAAGACGGCCGUCUGUCGGGGAGCCCUGGCCAAGGUCCCUGAUGGGCCGGGAGGCCCCGUCCCUUCCCGGCUGGACUUCAGCUUCUCUCCCUGGAACGGGGGGGCAGUCCCCAUUCCCUGGUGUGGGGAUGGAUUCCUGUCCUGCCCGGGCUCUGUUUUCCUACCUGAAAAAUUGGUGCACCGUUGUCUUUUGGGGGGAGGAUCGAGGUGCUUUGGGUCCUCAGGCUGGUGCGCGUGCUGGUGUGGAAGUGGGGGGCGGCCCCGGGGCUCCCCUGGGUUGAGGGGGCAGCCAGCGACUCCAAGACAACUGAGCAGGGGGCUGUCCUGAGGCCCCCACCCCGGCUUCAGCCUGGACUGGACCUUCCGAAUCUGUUUGUAAUUAAACCUGGGAACGACCACGAGGAGCGUGAGCCCCCAGCACACAGGGGCCUCCCGGGCUGGAGGAGCUGGCCUGUGGGUGCACGGGGCGCGGGCUGUCCACUCUCCCAGAGCCCCCGCCGUCUCUCAGGCACCCCUGUUUGCAUCCCGAGAGAAGGCACACCCCGAUUCUCUAUGGGACACCCCAGUUUAUCCCCAAAUGCUGCAGAACUCUGUCAAGGUUCUCCAAUGUAUCUGUCAAGAAGCUUUG